AUGGACAGAUUGUUGCUAAUCCAGGACUUGGUCAUUUCAGGAGUUUUUCUGUGUCGUCAUCGUGCUCGCUUCAGGUUUCUGCUGCUGCGAUCGGCCGCGUCCUUCACGAGGAGGUCGUUCUGCACGGGAGGAGCGUUGCAGCAGGGCAAGCAGGGAAGGGCACCUGACAUGAUCGAGGGAAAUCCACAGUUUCAUGUGUCAAAUGUGCGAAACAGGCUGAGAGAAAUCGUGGGAGCUUCCACAAACUGGAGUUUUGACCUUCUAACUGUUUUGUCUCGUUUCAGGUUUGGCAGAAUCCUGGAGGACUUGGACAGUUUAGCAGUCCUCAUCUCUUACUCUCACACCUACAACUCUGAACUAAAGAGGUCUCCUCUGUCUAUUGUCACCGCCCUGGUGGACAAAAUCGACAUGAGGCAGCACGUCAUCUACCCCGACUGCGACAUCAAGUUCACAGGUCAUGUGACGUGGGUGGGGAAGUCGUCCAUUGAAGCCAAGAUCCACAUGUCACAGUACCGUGACGGAGCGUACGCCUCCGUUCUGGAUGCUACAUUCGUCAUGGUGGCCCGAGACCCAGGAAACAAGAGGGCAGCGUUUGUAAAUCCACUGACGCCUGAAGGACCCGAGGAAGAACGACUCUUGCAGGAAGGCGAAGCUAACAAAUCCCGGCGCGUGGAGCUGAGCACUGCGUCGCUGCUGAAGGUCGCUCCCACACAAGACGAGAGGACGGUCGUUCACGGCCUUUUCCUCAACACCCUGGACACCAACACGGUCAGUUUCCGCAGCAGAAUUCUGCCCCCAAACUCAGUGUGGAUGGAAGAUGCCAAACUGAAAGGACUGGAGAUCUGCCAUCCUCAGGAGAGGAACAUCUUUAACAGGAUAUUUGGAGGUUUUCUGAUGAGGAAAGCUUACGAGCUCGGCUGGGCCAACGCCUGCUCCUACGGGGGUUGUCGGCCGAGUCUGGUGGCGGUCGAUGAUAUCCUCUUCCAGAAACCUGUGGAGAUUGGAUCUUUGCUGAUGCUCUCAUCGCAGGUGUGUUACACUCAGGGGACGUACAUCCAGGUCAGAGUUCACAGCGAGGUGUUCGACCCGCUGACCCGACAGCACAACACCACCAACAUCUUCCACUUCACCUUCACUUCAGACCGCGACGUCCCCAACAUCAUGCCCAAGACUUAUGGAGAGUCGAUGCUGUACCUGGACGGAAAGAGACACUUUGACCAAACCGUGGCGUGCUGAGACGUCAAACUCACGACCUGCUGAAGCCUUUCAGCAUCCAAAUGCCGAGCUCCAAGUGUUUCAGUGUUGAUGAGAAUAAUGAAUGAAUGUGGUUCUGACAUGUUUUAUAUCACGGUUUCUGAAUUUUGAACAGCCCACACAGGCUGUUUGAAUCUUGUUGCUUCAGUCGAUCUGGAGGUUUACAAAUUGGUGUGUUUGUGCACUACAGCAGAAGAUGCUUUUUCCCAACAUGUUUCUCUAUUUUAUACUCUUAUCAUUUUUCCCAGUUGUACGAGUCAGUGUUACAGCCUCUCAACUGUAGAAAAUGAGGU